GUCGUUGAGAGAUGGCCGUCGCACCGAGUAAACUUUUGGAGGAGCCCCUAAAUCGAGUGCAUUGCUCCAUUUUACAUAGUCGACCGGGUCAAAGUUGCACGAAAGCCUUUCUCUGGAAUCUGUACCGCAACCAUGUGUCCAGUGGGAUAUACUACUUACCCAUGUUGCUGUUACCUUUGAUAAUAAACUGGCGGCGUACUUCUAGAAAAAUGCUAUACGAUGUGGUGAAAAACUAUGUCCAAUGCUCCAGUUUCGGCGCCUGCAUCAAUGCCAUUACAUUUUACCUAAUGUGCACGGCCAGGCAUCUCUAUGGAAAAUUUGUGUGGCUAUUUAUACCCUAUCUGCCCUGCUACAUAGCUUCCCAGCUUAGCUGGCUGAUGCCACAUCAGACAAGUCACUUUUUUGUGACUGGAAUUACCCCCGCAACCAUGGAAGCCCUAAUGAGAUAUUUUGACGUUGGUUUGGUGCACUCCCGCAUGAUACAGACUCUGAUUUUUAUGGUAUCCUCUGUGGUGGUCAUGCACUAUCAGCAGACAAAAAAAUACUCUGGUUUUUGGUUUAUCCGACCGGCUGUUUUGCCUGAGGAUUACAAGGAAUGGACGGUUUUUAGCCAAAUAUGGCAGGGUCUAAAGGAUAUGAGGUCAUAUCUGGGCAUUGGACUAGCUUUGGAUCUUAUAAAUCCGAUUAUGAAAAGAAAUAUAAACCUACUGCGUCCAAAAAUGACAAGUUUUCUGACGGGCUACAUUGGAUUGUUUAAGUUGGUGCAAUUGCUGUCGUUAAAAUAUUUGGAACUGAAUAAAGUCAAUGUGCUGGCGGCUUUUCUAGGAGGUGUUCCCUUUAUCCUACUGCCCAAACGUCUUACCUUUAUGUGUUUUGCUGUGGUAACAACAGUGCAAGUAAUUUGGCUACAGGUGUGCAAAUUAAAAACCAAAAAAAGAACGUUAUUGGCUGCGUUGCAAAGGAUUCCCUGGUCAAAGAUCUUAAUACCGAGUUGUCUAGCAUACCUGGUACACAUAUUCUUUUACCACCAAAACCAUCUCAACGAGGUUGCUCGGGGUUUUAUUGACUGCACAUGUGAUAGGAAUGGCCAACGAUUAUUGGAUCUGAUGAAUCUGCCCGAUAUUAACACCAUUCUUGAGACGGUUAAUAAGUCCCCCAAAACUUCGUUUUGGUUUUGAUUUUUGUCAUAGACAUAUAACAACAUUUAUUAAACUAUGAUAGUGCUAUCGAGUUUUGUUUUAAAUCAAUGCACAUAAAUUAGCAUGCUUUUUUUUG